AUGUAUUACGAUCGUUUGCCUAAAGCUGCCGGACUGUACUACUUGGCAGAAAUAGUAGAGGAAUACUCUGUGAUGGCAAAAUACGUUAUCACUUGGAUGGUUGUUAUCACAGCUGGCAUCCACAUCGGGUUUAUAUUGUUUGAAGAUCUGCCUCUUUACCUCAAUGGGCUCGGUCUCACUCAACAGUUGCUGCAUUGUGCGUUGCUGCGAAACUUCCCAUCUGUGAGGGUGACAAGUUUCCCCUUUAUUGCGGCUCUAGUUAACCUUGUCGCUCAUCACUAUAUGGCAUUUGCGUACUUCGGAAGUGUGUAUUACACUUUUAUGGAGGUCUUGGCCUACUUCACCCUGUGUCUUUGGGUGGUGCCUUUCGCACUUUUCGUCUCGCUUUCCGCCAACGACUAUGUGCUGCCUACUACUGGAGAGAGGCAGCCCCUUCUCGGUGACAACAACGUCGUGACAGACUACCUGUCGCGGAAGGCGAAGCGCUACAGCCUGCUGACGUUCUUCAGCUACGCGAAGGACUCCAUACUGCCUCAGCGGAGCAAGAAGGUGUUC